GGUCUGAGACCGCCACAGGGCCCUGCCUUGGGGCGUGUCAUGGGAGUUUCAGAAGCUCCAGCAGAAGAGUUUACCUAUUUCUGCCGUUGCGACGCUUGCCGAUGCAGCCUCUUUCGUGGAGAUAACUGGUACCACAAGCCCGGCACCAACUACGACCUUUGCGCUCGCGACUUUGCAAAACUGCCUGAAGCAGAGCGCCAGAUCUACGUGAACAUCGCCUCGAGCAGCGACCUGGGCAUCCAGCAGAACGAGUACAUCUUGGAAUCCAGGCAGUACCUUGCGCGAUGCGAUUCAUGCCGCAAGGCCGUAUCCCUGGGUGAGGACUGGUAUCACAAGCAGGCAGAAGGAAAUCAUGAUCUUUGUGCUCAUCAUUUUGGAGACUUGCCAGAGACGACGAAGAAAGACUAUGUGAAAGUAUAUGCCAGCAAGGUCUUGGGGGAUCGGAAGCUCCAGUAUGUACUUGAAGAGGACAUUGAUAUCACAGAAAGAGACUUGGUCAUGGUCGUGCUCGAUGUUGAGGGCACACUGAUGCCGGAGGCUUGGCUGGAGCUCCAAAAGAAGACUGGCAUUGAAGGCUUGAAAAGAACAACUGCUCACGAGCCAGACUAUGACAAGCUCAUGAGAUACAGAAUAAACUUGCUGCGCGAGCACAAUAUCAAGAUCAGCGACAUGAUCGAGGUCGUCAAAGAUUUAAAGCCACUCCCUGGUGCUAAAGAGUUCCUGGACUGGCUGAAGCCUUUGGUGCCUCGCAUCCUGUUGCUAACGGAUACCUUCGAGGAGUACGCCAUGCCAAUGUUUGAACAGCUUGGCUACCCCUCCGUCUUUUGCAACUCACUCGUCGUUGACAGCGAUGGCUUCAUUUGUGAUCAUAUCCUCCGUUUGAAGGAUCAGAAGCGAAAAGCCGUGGAAUCCUUCCAGAGGUUAAACUUUCGAGUCAUUGCCGUGGGAGAUUCUUUCAAUGAUGUCUCUAUGUUGACAGCGGCUGAGCGUGGUAUUUUGAUAUACCCCUCAGAGAAGGUGAGGAAGGCACAUCCAGAAUUUCCUGUGGCAAAGGACCAUAACGAUUUGCGGGCAAAGAUUGGUCGCAUCCUCAGCGCUAACAAGCAAAUUCUGCCCAAGAGACUAGCAGAUCCACCUCCUUUGAGCUCUACCGCUGGUUCGAGGACCAUGUGGCUCCUCGUUUGCAACGUUGCUGGUUUCUUGGCGCCUGAACCUUGGCUGGCUGUACAGGAGAGUACAAGGAUCCCCGAGUUGAGGGUGACGACGGCUCAGGAGCCAGAUUACACCAAGUUGAUGGCCCUUCGGUCUUCUGCUUUGCGCACGAAUGGUGUGAAGCUGCAGCAGAUUGUGGACAUCAUGGAUGGUCUCCAGCUCUUGCCUGGCGCCACACAAUUCUUGGAAUGGCUGAAACCAAUUGUUCCGAGAACAUUUAUGAUCACUGAUGGGCCAGAGGAGUAUGCCCUGCCAAUUUUUGACCAGCUGGAGCACCCGAUGGUUUUCUGCAACUUCUUCGAGGCUGAUGAUGAAGGCUUCCUGAAGAGGCUCAUCACGCGCCUCAGGAGCCAGAAGCUGAAGACAGUGCAGGAAUUGCAGCGAUUGAAUUUCCGCAUCAUUGCAGUUGGGAACUCCUUCAACGACAUUGAUAUGAUUCAUGCUGCCGAGAAGGGUGUUCUUUACAGGCCUUCAGAGGCUGUGAAGAAAGAACAUCCAGCAACUUGGACUGUCGGCGCAUUAUGCAAGACUCAGUGCGAUUUCCAGCCAGGAUUUAAUCGGGAUUGGAACUAAGGAGAUUCCGGUUGUCACAACAUAUGACGAGUUGAAAGGAUAUAUCACUGAAGCUGUGGAGAGGAUGGAGCCAAACUCCAAGAAACAGAAGACCAGCUGAGCGCGUUGACCAAAAUUCGGAUGGAGCAACAAGUCUCCAACCAAAUCUGUUCUUAUUGGCUAAAGUUUGAAUAUUUUUAAAGUUCGGAAACGUGACUAUGAAUUGCGAAAAAAUGUUGAUCAUCGAUGUUCGACAUGUUGAAAAAA